AUGUCUGAAAUUUAAUAACAAAUACCACAUAGUUCUAAAUUAGAUUAAGAAUCAGCUACUAAUGCUAAAAAUCACUUGUUAUUAGUUAAUGUAAUUAAUCUUGUGUAACUAAAAGAAUGUUACAGAGUUAUCUAAUGAAUUACUGUAAAGCUACAAACAAUAAAUUGAUCAAUUAAAAUAAGAGUUACAUCUAAUGAAGUAAAGGAUAACAAAUAAUAAUGAAGAAAUUAAGAAUACUACUUAACCAACUCUAGAUGCAAUGCUAAGAGAUUUAAGAUAAGUAAUUUAUAUAUUUAAUUAGGCAAUUAAUACUUAAAAAGAUGAGAAUUCUAAAUUGUAAAGCUAAAUCACAGAAUUAAAAAAAGAAAAGAGUCAAAUCUAAUAAUUGAUAAUAGCUGCAACAUAAAAAUUAGCAGAACUUGAAAAUUAAGUUGGAAAUUAUACAUCUGCUUGA